AUGCCCCCGAGCGCGGGGCAGGGAGGUCAGAGCCCGUCACCUGCUGCUCCCGCCGAGCGCGGCCGGAGCGGGGCCGGCCUGUGCCCCACGGAACACCCGCGAAAUCCAUCCCGCUUUUCCCUCCCGCCGUCCCCGGGGAUCCGGUACCCGAGUACCACGGGGAUCGAGUACAUCGGUACCACGGGGAUCCAGCACAUCGGUACCACGGGGAUCCAGUACCCCAGUACCACGGGGAUCCAGUACAUCGGUACCACGGGGAUCCAGUACCCCAGUACCACGGGGAUCCAGUACAUCGGUACCACGGGGAUCCAGUACAUCGGUACCACGGGGGUCCAGUACAUCGGUACCAGGGGGAUCUGUUACAUCGGUACCACGGGGAUCCAGUACAUCGGUACCAGGGGGAUCUGGUACAUCGGUACCACGGGGAUCCAGUACAUCGGUACCACGGGGAUCUGUUACGUCGGUACCACGGGGAUCUGUUACGUCGGUACCACGGGGAUCCAGCACCCCGGUGAUCCGGGGGCGGCCGUGAGCUGGUCACGGCAGAGCUCGGUGGCUGCGUCCCCCGUGUUCCCACGCAGUCCCCCCGUGCCCGCCGAGGCCCCGCACCGUCCCCGGGCUCUCCGCGCUCUCCCGGCCCUGGCCCGGCCGCGGCCUCGCUGCUCCGGCCCCAGGACCCUCGGCGGGGCCCCCGCCCGGGAGCACCGGGCCGGGCCGGGGGUCUGCGGGGCAGCCGCUCCUUCGCGGGGAAGGGAAGGAGCAGGAGGGUCCCCCCCGGUGCCCCCCGGUGCCCCCCGAGCCGCGCUCGGUGUGAGCCCAGCGGGCCGGGACUCACCGGGGGCGGCCGGUUCGGGGGCUGGGGAAGCCCCCGCUCCGCUCCCGGCGGACACCGCACCCCCCGCAGCCGGGCCCGGGCCGAGCCGAGCCCACCGAGACGAGCCCAUCGAGCCGAGCCGAGCCCACCGAGCCGAGCAGGACCCACCGAGCCGAGCCCACCGAGCCGAGCCCCCCGAGCCGAGCAGGACCCACCGAGCCGAGCCCCCCGAGCCGAGCCGAGCCCCCCGAGCCGAGCCGAGCCGGGCAGAACCCUUUGCCGGUGCCACAUCCACCCCCGGGCCCGGUGGCGGGGCAGAGCGGAGCCCGCCCGCCUUUGCCACGGCCCCGGGAGCGGGAACCGGGAACGGGGAGCGGGGUGCGGGGAACCAGUCUGUUUUUCCCCUCUCCGCGCUGGUUCGGCCGUUCCAGGGACGGGCCCAGGCCGCCGCAGACACGGACACUCGGUAUUGCAACGGUUUCUAUUUGAGGGGGCCCGGGGGGGUAACGGGGAAUGGGGCGGCCGCCCCCGCCCGCUCCGGGGACGUGUCGCCGCCGCUUUUCCGCCGGGUUUUGCCCCGUUGCGGAGAGAGGCGGAACGGACCCCCCCGAGGCGGGGGACUGCCCGGGACACCCCCCGGAGUCCGUCGGCCCCCGCUGGACACCGGGAGCCGCCUCCCUCGGUCCCGGUGCCGGUGUCGCCUCCGCUGCCGGGAGCGGCCGUGCCGCUUAACGGGGAUUUCGGGGCUCCCCCGCGGCCCCAUCCCUGGGAGGCGGUGGCGUAAUUGCGGGAGCAGCGGGCGCUCUUUGGACCGCCGGGCUGCGGGGCACCGCGGGGGAGAGGAAACGGAGCCCCCCGCGCCCCCCCCGGGGAGGGGCAGAGCGAAGGGGGGGAUUUUUUAUUCGUUUCCACCUCGGCCGGCCCUUCCCCGGCCCGGGGGGUUCCCGUGGGUGAGCCCCGCGGGAAGGCGGCACCGCCGCCGCUGCCGGGGCCGGAGCCGGGGCCGGGCGGCCGCCGUUGCCGGGGCUCUUUGUUUACCAAUCGGUGUCACGGCACGGGAGAGCAGGAAAUUGCGUCUGUACCGGGCCGUUAAUUUAAAAGCGGCCCUUUCCUCCCCCCGGCCGCUCCCCGGCGCGGCGGGGGCUCCGCCGCCCGCUCCCCGCUCCCGGCUCCGGCGGCGGCCGGGGAUGCGCAGCCGAGCGCGGCGGCGGGAGAGGGCCGGGCCGGAGGAAUAA